GACCAUUUCAAUGCCUUAAGCCCAAAUCCAAUCGAGAGAGAGAGAGAGACGACGUCGUGCUGCUGCAGCCAAAUCAAGAGUGACAACGUCAUGCGACUGCCACCUGCCUAGACAACUCCCAAUCGAGAGAGACAAUGUUUUGCUGCUGUCACGAGUUGACAAUCUCCUAUUGGGGACCCUCUCACCAAUCCUAUGUAGGAUCCCAUUCUUGACAACCAUGCCUCUGAUUCGCUGGUCAUGAACUCCUUCAGAAGCGUUGCAAAGCACCCAAUAAUUGCUCUGAUAGACUCAGUUACCACCCUAAAAGAGCUGAAGCAAAUCCACUCCCAACUGGUACUUAACAGUCUUCUUAAAGACCCUCACCUGUCGGGCCAAUUUAUAGCCACCAUUGCCCUCAACAACCCUGACAAUCUUGAUUAUUCCAAUCAAGUUCUGGACCAAUGUGACAACCCAACCCUCUUCGCCUUAAACUCUAUGAUCAGAGUCCACUCCAAAAGCUCAACCCCUCAAAAUAGUUUUCGCUUCUACAAAAAAAUACUUCAAUCUAAUCACAAUCUCUCACCUGAUAACUACACCUUUAAUUUCUUGGUUCGCACAUGUGCUCAGCUUUCAGCACAUGGGACGGGUCUGGCAGUACAUGGUGCACUAAUAAAACAUGGGUUUGAAUAUGACCCACAUGUUCAAAGUGGGUUGAUUUUCAUGUACGCUGAAUUGGGUUGUCUGAGUUCGUGUCAUAAGGUGUUUGGUAAAAUUCCAGAGCCAGAUUUGGUGUGUCAGACAGCUAUGGUGAGUGCUUGUUCGAAAUGUGGUGACAUUGGUUUUGCAAGGGAGCUGUUUGAUGUAAUGCCUAAGAGGGACCAUAUGGCAUGGAACGCAAUGAUUGCUGGGUAUGCACAAUGUGGGCAGCCGAGGGAGGCAUUGAGUUUAUUCCAUUUGAUGCAAAUGGAGGGUGUGUGGGUGAAUGAGGUGUCUAUGGUUUCAGUUUUAUCUGCAUGCACCCACUUAGGUGCAUUGGAUCAAGGGAGGUGGGCGCAUGCUUAUAUAGAGAGAAACAAGCUAAGGAUGACGGUGACACUGGGGACUGCACUGAUUGACAUGUAUGCGAAAUGUGGUAAUGUGAAUAAGGCCAUGGAAGUUUUCUGGGGAAUGAAAGAAAAGAAUGUGUAUACUUGGACUAGUGCCAUGGGUGGGCUAGCCAUGAAUGGAUUUGGAAAGAAGUGUCUUGAACUUUUUUCUCUUAUGAAACAUGAUGGCAUUCAUCCCAAUGAGAUCACAUUUGUUUCGGUUCUUAGAGGUUGUACUGUGGCUGGACUAGUCGAGGAAGGCCGUGAGCAUUUUGACUCAAUGGGGAAAGUGUAUGGUAUUGAGCCUCAGCUGGAGCACUAUGGGUGCAUGGUUGAUUUAUAUGGUCGAGCUGGUUGCUUAGAUGAAGCAUUAAACUUCAUCAAUAACAUGCCCAUGAAACCUCAUUCUGGUGCUUGGGGAGCUUUGCUUAAUGCUUGUAGAAUGUAUAAAAAUAUGAAACUGGGUGAACUUGCCUCUAGAAAGCUAGUGGAGCUGGAGGCCAAGAAUCAUUGUGCUUAUGUUCUUCUGUCAAAUAUGUAUGCUGAUAACAAGAACUGGGAAGAGGUUAGUUCUGUGCGUGAGAUUAUGAAGGCUAGAGGUUUGACAAAGCUCCCUGGAUGUAGCGUUAUAGAGGUUGGUGGUGAAGUUCAUGAGUUCUUUGUUGGGGAUAAUUCUCAUCCAAGGUAUGAUGAAAUUGAGAUGAUGAUGGCAGAGAUAUCAAAGCGAUUGAGACUAGCUGGUUAUGUAGCUGACACUAACCCUGUUCUGUUUGAUAUAGAAGAGGAAGAAAAAGAGGAUGCUUUGUUUAAACAUAGUGAGAAGGUAGCCAUUGCUUUUGGUUUGAUCACUUUAAAAGAAGGUGUACCCAUUAGGAUUGUGAAGAACCUCAGGAUUUGUUGGGAUUGUCAUGAAGUAGCAAAAAAAAUAUCUGAAACUUUUAACAGAGAGAUUAUUGUGAGAGACAGGAAUAGGUUUCACCAUUUUAAAAACGGUGACUGUUCUUGUAAAGGUUAUUGGUGAAAUAACUGAAAUGUACUCUCCCUUCACUUCAUUUAGUUAAGGAUGAUUUUAGUUUACAUAUUCUGUGACUGACAUAUCAGUUGUAAUUCUUUG